AGCAGUGUUAGCCAAAGUGAGGGCUCGUGAUGCUCAGCCCGUGUGCGCUCACCUCCAGGAGAGCCAGACUCAGGCACAGCUGAGCCUCUCUGUUCAUGGCAUUUCAGAUGAGCGGUCCACGACGACGGACCCUGCCUCCCUCAGUUCACCAUAUGGUUCUGCUCCUGAAGUAUAAAGCUAGGCAGACUAGGUGAAGGAGAGCCCCGUUCGAGCAGGAUAGUCAGCUGUUCAGGCUUUCAUUCGGAGUUGGAGCGCUGCUGGAUGGAAGCUGCAGCUGAAGCGGCGGCUGGCCUGAGCGAGGCCGGUGAUGAUAGCCCGUUAUCCGGAGCGGCGGCUUCAGACGAGCCGGAGCCGGGUGUCGGUGACAGCUAUGGGCUGGAGCCAGGGGACACGGAUGCUGCCAAGAAGGCCUUUAUCACAGAGAUGCCGUCAUCUUCGGGCCAGCCGGGCCUCGGAAAGAAGAUUGGGCACAGGGGAGUGGAUGCAUCUGGAGAGACGACUUACAAGAAGACCACAUCAUCAGCACUAAAAGGAGCCAUUCAGCUGGGCAUUGGCUACACGGUGGGCAACCUGAGCUCCAAGCCAGAGAGAGAUGUACUCAUGCAGGACUUCUAUGUGGUGGAAAGCAUCUUCUUCCCAAGUGAGGGGAGCAACCUGACGCCAGCCCACCACUUCCCAGACUUCCGUUUCAAGACGUACGCUCCCGUUGCCUUCCGUUACUUUAGGGAGCUCUUCGGUAUCCGACCUGAUGACUAUCUGUACUCGCUGUGUAACGAGCCUCUCAUCGAGCUCUCCAAUCCUGGGGCCAGUGGCUCUGUCUUCUACGUUACCAAGGACGACGAGUUCAUCAUCAAGACUGUCAUGCACAAGGAGGCUGAGUUUCUGCAGAAGCUUCUUCCUGGAUAUUACAUGAAUCUUAACCAGAACCCUCGCACCUUGCUGCCCAAGUUCUUCGGCCUUUACUGCGUGCAGUCUGGAGGAAAGAACAUCCGAGUGGUGGUGAUGAACAACAUCUUGCCCAGGGUGGUCCGCAUGCACCUCAAAUAUGACCUGAAGGGCUCCACAUACAAGCGACGAGCAUCUAAGAAGGAGCGUGAAAAAGCCAAGCCUACUUUUAAAGACCUCGACUUCAUGCAGGACAUUCCGGAAGGCCUGAUGCUGGAUGCAGACACUUACAAUGCCCUGGUCAAGACUCUUCAAAGAGAUUGUCUGGUGCUGGAAAGCUUUAAGAUCAUGGACUACAGCUUGCUGCUGGGGGUGCACAACCUGGACCAAGCAGAGCGUGAGCAGCAGACGGACGGCUCCCAAGGCCGCAGCGAUGAAAAGAGGCCACUGGCCCAAAAGGCCCUUUACUCCACUGCACUGGAGUCCAUCCAGGGAGCCUCGGCCUGUGGAGAGGACAUCGACACGGAGGACACAAUGGGAGGCAUUCCAGCAGUGAACAGUAAAGGAGAGCGUCUGUUGAUGUACAUUGGAAUCAUUGACAUCCUGCAGUCUUACAGGUUAAUAAAGAAAUUAGAACACACAUGGAAAGCUCUUGUCCAUGAUGGGGACACUGUGUCUGUUCACCGACCCUCUUUCUAUGCAGACAGAUUCUUCAGAUUUAUGAGCAGCACAGUGUUCAGGAAGAGCACCUCCUUGAAGUCUUCUCCUUCUAAGAGGGGUCGUGGAAGUCUUGCAGUGCCCAAACACUCCGGGCCUGGAGCGGCCUGGUCGGCCAGCCAGCUACCCUCUGAGAGAGAUGAGAACAUCUAUGAUCUGCGAGGAGCACGCAGCUUCCCCACGCUGGAGGAUGAAGGGCGAUCAGAUGUGCUCCCUUGCACGCCACCGUCAUUUGAGGAGGCCACCACAGCUUCUAUCGCCACUACACUCUCCUCCACCACCUCCCUCUCCAUCCCUGAGCGCUCUCCAUCCGACACCUCUGAGCACCCACGCUACAGGAGGCACACCCAGACUAGCCAGGACGGAACGACUCAGGAGGAUGAUCAGCAGAUUAUUACAGUUGAGGUGGAGGUAAAGAGGCGUGAUAGUGAACCCAUGCUGACCGCACCACAGCCCUCCCCAGAGGCCAGUGAAGCCUCAGAAGCCCCUGCUGAAGCUUCCUGUUCCUCAGUUCCCGCCAGCCCGAGGAUAGUGGUGGACUCAGACCGCACCAGCCAAGCCUCAGGCUGCCCCAGCCGCUCCUCUGUGGAUGAGGACGAAGACGUGCCAAUCACUGACAUUUACUUUCAGCCGCCGGAGGAGAGGAGCUGGGUGUAUUCUCCUCUGCACUAUGUCACAGACUCUAAAACUCUGCCCCAAGGGGACGAGGAGAGCGACACAUAAUCAGCCCUCUGGAGCUGCUUGAGGAUGACUCUGAAGACCCCUCAGGUCUCGCCAUGGCUUCCAACUCAACUCGACUGACCUUACUUCCUACCACCGUUUGCGCAGCUGGUGUCACCAGCUGUUAUAUUAGUCAGAUCCAAAAGCAGAAGCGAUGUGGAGCUGCGGUGUGAAGCUUAGCGCUGUAGGUACACGAUGUGUCAUUCUUCCGUCAUUCCGUCUACUGACAGCACCAGUAAUAACGGCAGCAUUCAAGGUUAUUUUUCUGUAAAUCAUAAACACUGCUUUUUAUUUCCUUUUUUUUUUUUUACUUUUUUAACGUGUGUUUUUUCUCUGAAUUCGAUACUGUGAACGUUUUCAUACGUAGAGAGCUGUACAUUUGGUGGUUUUGUGUGUGAUGUUAGUUUUGAGGAAUAUUGCUCUACAGAUGGGUACAUGCUUGACUGAAAACACACUACGUUUGUUUGAAAACCCUAAGAACAGUGUCAGAGGCUUUUAAGCAACAACGUUAACAAUAAUUGCAAUUCAUUUUUAACUUCAGUCAACAAUCUAACGAAUGUAUUGCAUUACUGUCAUGUUGUUAGACCUUUUUAAUCUGCACUCACAUUCCUCCAAACGAUCAGAUUUCAUGAAUGAUACCAAUUGAUAAGUGAUCAUGACUGGUACACUAAAAUUUAAUGUUUGUUCACAGAUAUAGUUUCACAGUUGUUCACACUAUAGUCUAUGACCCCACAGUUCCCUGAGCUAUUUUCAUUGCUGUGGCUUAGCAGUUGUACUUAUAGCUGAUAUCUGAAAAUGCAGGGGUAUAUAAAUACACUGUACACUCUCAGAAAAAAAAGGUAAUAAACCGUACCUUCCUACAAACACUGUCACUGGUGGUACCAUCCAGGGUCUUCAGUACCUUUAACUAGAAAACAUAUUUGCACCAUAUUCUGUUUCAGUGUUUUAAGUUGCAUCGACUUCAUACACUCAGUUUUGACUUUAGAACAUGUAUUUUUCUGUUUUAAAAAACACAUGGAAAAGUAUAAAUAUGCACCUUUCCUCUGGGAAAGUGAAUGUAAUGUACCUUUUGAACUCAGACCUUAAAGGGACAUUGUGGCCUGAAACACAGUUUAAUAUGCUAUUUGUUGUGUAAUGCAGUCCGUUGUAGCGCAGCAUUGCAUCCCUCAGCGUCACCAUCAUGUAGAAAUUCACUAUUUUAUACUGUUUUCAUGUGUGCAAUCACGAAUGUUCUGUCACUACAUUACCCAUCAUGCAUUUUACAGGUACAUUACACAAGCAUUGGAAUUCCAAUCCUGACUGCUAGCCUAGCCACUGAUCUGUAGACUAAUAAAUAUAAUAAAGCUAGAGUUAGUAUAACUGUUCAAUUCUGUCUUUAUGCAGCACAAAGUGAUAUCUAGAUAUUCAGUUAUUAUUAUAGCUCGUUAUUCAAUUCAACACAUUUUUUAGUUUGUCCCACUUUCAACAUACAUCACAAGGAGGUUUUACUUGUCUUUAAACUGUAAGAUCUCUUUCUAAACAUCUUCACAUUGCAAGUUUUCCAAACAGAGAAUGAACUCUGAAGCAAAAAGGCGUUAUUAGCCAAGUAAACAGCUAAUAUUAGUGAAUUAGCCAGCCAUUGUUAGAUAUACAGCUAAAACAACUUGACAGUUACAAGGUUACAUUGUUUUGCGUUACAGAGGUUACAUUAAAUUCCACAAUAGUUAUCUAGAUGGCUAUUUUUGAUAGCUAGCUAUCAAAGAAUCAAUAUAACUUACCUAUUCAGCAAUGAAAAAGACAAUUCAACAUCACUCCUGAGUCCCUUCAGGUCAUGGAGCUGUCGCCACCAGUGAAAAGCCAAGCCAGUGUUGGUUCUGGUCUUAGCUCAAACUGUCUUGCUCUCCAUUUUAGCUUGUCAUCUCUUUUCAGUUUCUAGAGCCUGCAGCACCACUGGAUAAUGUUACUAGACAUAUUUACAAAAGAUGUAGCAAUGGUUGAUUUUUCAGUUUAGCUGGAGUGUCCCUUUUUAUACCAUGUUGUACCUUUGGUGUAUACUUAAAUUGUUUGUACCUGUACAGUACCCUUUUUUCUGACAGUGUACCCAAUCUGGGAUCAGUUUCACAGCAUCUGAAGACAGCAAGCCUGUCGGAGGUUAGAGGCCAUACGUUUAGAGCUGUAAACACGCUUUUCUCUUAAGACUGUUCGAUCACAGCACUUUAUUUCACCAUAUCACAAUCAUUUGACCAUCAGGCAGGUUUUCCACAGGUUUUAGAUAUGGUCUGCAGGAGAGGCUUAAGGCAAAAGUUGAAAAAAAUUGUUCAAAUGUAUAUUUAUUUGUAUGUAUAGAAUAAUUUAUCUGUGUGUGUGUUUGUGUGAAGGAGUGUGAGGAUGUAUGAUUUAAUUUGUGAUAUGUGAUCAGUGUUAAAGAGCUGAUCAUUAUCAUAACGUAAAGUGGCCAUUUGCUCUCGGUUGCUGUUGCGUAUGAACACGAAUCUACAGCAGCAAUAUACAGUGUUUGUAAAGGGUUGUACUGAUGUUGCUUUUUGGUUGCCUUAUUUAUAUACAUUUUUUCCUCCUAAUUCCUUCCACCAUUCUGACACCUUAGUAGGCCUGGGCGAUAUAAUAGAGUAUCAGCAAUGAUUGACAACCCAAAGAUAAUGCUUCAGAGGAGACAAUUGCUGUAAUGGGAAAUAGAAGUGACAGUAAACUAGAGAGCACUGUUUUAACUUUAAAUUGCAUUAAAUAAUAUGUAUACAUAGUUUUUCCCUUUUUACUGUUCAAACAAUGCAUUAUUAUUGAGCAUUAAUAAGCUGUUGGGCUUUCAGAUGAUUUGAAAGUUUGGGAAUUGGCGACCCCACUGGUGGAGACAUGUAACUGCACAGAAACGUGCAGAAGAGCAUUUUGUAAUGUGGGUUGUGCUGCAGUCUUUUUCCUUAUCAGUAUUUUAUACUGGUUGCACUGAAAGCUAUCUCAGACUAAAGCCUAACUUGGUUUAUCGAACAUUACAGGGCGAACUCUGAAGCAAAAAAGACACUGUUAGCAAAGUAACAGCUAAUAUUAGCAAAUUAGCCAUCUAACGUUAGCUAUACAGUUACAACAACUUCACGAUUACAAGUUUCCCAAACAGAGAACGAACUCUGAAGCAAAAAGACGUCGUUACAUUACAGAGGUUACAUUAAAUUCCACAAUAGUAAUCAAUCAAAGAAUCAACUUAACUUACCUAUUCAGCAAUAAAAAGCCAAUUCAACAUCACUCCUGAGUCCCUUCAGGUCAUGGAGCUGUUGCCACCAGAACGCUCUCCUGUUUAGCUUGUUGUCUCAUUGCAGUUGACCACAGGUGACGCUGCAGAGGAUGACUAGAUUUGCUGUUCUGAUGUCUCCGUAUUCAGUGAUAUGGCUCUCCUUCCUUUCGCUAACGUUCAGCGCUGUAUAGAUCAGCUCUUUGAGCAAUGCCUCUGCUAACGUGAAGCGCACUGAAGCAGGAUGUACUUUUUAGUUAAUACAUUCGAUUGACAAGUAUGUAAACAGCAGAAACCCAUUUGAGAGAACACAAAAGACCAAGACGAGUGAUAAACAUUUAGAAACUGACUUCUAAAAAAGUCACUGAAAACUGUUUUUACACAUUCUGUUUGUUUGCUUUUCCUUGGCUGGUGACUAGAGAGGAGGGGGUCCUUGAUGUUGAUUGGUCAGCUGUGAUGGUGCUCAGUGCGAAAGUUGCCGAUUUUUCAAAGUAAACAUGCUGUUUAAACUGACAGAGCACAGGAGUGCUUUUCAGUCGCUUUAUAGUUUGCUCUAUACAUGUCAGUGUAAAGAAGAGCACUUGACAGAAUUUAAAAAGGCGCCAAAAAUGUAAAAUGUAAAAAUGUACGCCCCCUUAGAUUAAAUUUUCCACUGUCUCUGUUGGGGUUUUCCAGAGUACUACAUACCAAUUUUGCACUUAAUGGUUUCUCUCCUGCAACAGUUUUUUUUUAUGUUUUGUAAUAUGUAAAGCACGUGGAUGUGGAUUUGGAACUCACUUUCUUCUGCAUGUUUACAUCAUUCAUUAUGUGCUUUUCAUGAAAAAUUUCCAUUAAAUCAGUUCAUUAAAAAACUAAAACGGAAUACAAAAUAGGUUCAAGCUGCAGCCAUGUGUGCAUAUAUGUUCACAUAGGCGGGAAGCAAUAUUAUCAAUAAUCACAAUUUUAUUUUUUAUAUCGCUCGGGCCUACAGCAUAGCUAGCAACUCACUAGUGGUUAUACCCCAGAGAGUGUGUACAUAGAAAAAUAAGUACGUAUAUGAAGACAUAUUGACUAUAUUUUAUGUGAAUUGGGAAUAUGUGGGUUUUAUUUGAUUCACCUCGCCCUGCCCCUAUAAGCUGCUUGCAAGACUGAAUGAACUGAACCAGAUUCUUCCAAGUGUGUGCAGCUGGAUUUGCAUUACGUUUUCUUUGUACCGUACAUGUGAACUCUGUCAGAGCAAUUUUACCGAACAUGCAAAUGUAUGAAUAGCAUCAAUUAAUGAAAGAUAAGCUGUGUUUGUGUAUGUGUGGUCAGAAGAAGAUGUGUCACACCCCCUACACCCCACUCCCAAGCCCACCCCUGUAGAGAUGAAGCAUGUUGUAAUUGAAAACAAUGUAUCUAUAUACAUUCAUGGACAGCAUAUCCAUCUGUUUACAAAGGAAACUUAACAGAUGGAUGGAUUGUAUGUAGGUGUGUGUGUGUGUGUGUGUGUGUGUGUGUGUGUGUGUGUGUGUGAGAGAGAGAGAGAAUGUGUUUAUGCACACAUGUGAGAGUGGACUCCUGAAGAUAAUAAAUAGAAAAUAUUGAAGCUC